GAGUCUGGACGGAUCGAGUAGUCCAGAGGAAAUGUUGACGGUCCUAAGCCCGUGUAAAGAAGGAAGGUUCAAGGGUGAGGCCAGCGACCUGCCCUGGGUAAAAAGGAUUAAAGUGCUCAAAGUACCAGUGGAGAGCCUCGGAAUGGGACAGAUCUAACGAUAACGAACAAGGCAAGAAAACGGAAACAAAGAAUAACAAAGCAACAUAACCUAAGAUUGGCAACGUGGAAUAUCAGGGCACUCAGUAACCGACAACAAGAACUGGAAAACGAAAUUAAAGACUAUAAAAUUGAUAUGUGCGCGAUUCAGGAAACCAAAAGAAAAGGCAAAGGACAGAUGAUUAUUGGGGAAUAUCUAUUAAUAUACAGUGGAGUUAAGGAAAACAUGAGAGCAAAGGAAGAACGAAUUGUAAGAAUUAGAAUAGAAAUCAACAAAACAAAAUUAAAUAUAGUCAGUGUGUAUGCUCCUGAGAACUGUAGAAGCCAAACCAUAAGGGAAGAUUUCUACGAUAAACUACAAGAGGAGCUAGACAAAAUCAACAACAACGAAGCUAUUAUAAUCCUAGGAGACCUAAAUGCAAGAGUUGGAAAUAGAGUAAUACCGGGCAUUAAACAACGGUUCAAUGAGGAAGUAGAAAAUGAAAAUGGGGAACUUUUGACAACCUUAUGCACAAUCAAUGAGCUAAGAAUAAAUAACACAUUUUACAACCACAAGCAGCAACAUAAGUAUACUUUCAACAAUGAACGCGGAUAUAGGUCAACAAUAGACUAUAUCAUCACGAACAGGGAAAUACCACCAACAGAUAUAUUAGACAUAAGAAGUUUAACAUCAGCAGAUAUUGGAAGCGACCACAAUUUAGUUAUGGCGAAAAUUAGAAUUAAUCCCAUCAAAAAAACGAAAUCAAAUAAAGAAACUAAGCUACAGGAAAAAAUAAAAGUGGAAGGACUGUCAGAUGAAACAACAAGAAACCUUUACCUAAAUAGACUAGAACAAAAAAUAUUGAACAACAGCAUAACAGAUGAGGAUGAUGUAGACAAAGCAUGGGAUAAACUAAAGACCAAUGUCACACAAGCUGCAGAGGAAGCAUUGGGAAGCAAGGAAGUAAAACCAUACAACCCCUUUGGAAAGAGAACGCCCUGGUUUACCGACGAAAUUAAACAAAAAUGUAAAGAAAAAAGACUUGCAUACCAGCAAUAUAGAACGGAAAGGACAAUGCAAUCAUACCGCAAAUACAAGAGGAAACGCAUCGAAACACACGAACUAGUCAGAACAACAAAAAAACGAGCAUUUUAGGAUAUUCUCGAAAAAUCUAGAACAUGAUUUUUAUGGAGCCCAAAAAAUCAUAUGGAAAACAAUUAGACGACAAAGACAAGAACUCAAAGAGCUGCUAGAGAGUAAGCAUAUAGAGAAAGAAACCUGGAUCAAGUAUAUUGAAGAACUACACAAUGCAAGCAUAGACGAAAACGCGAUUAACAACACAAGGAUUAGAAUACAAGAAGAAGCUACUAGUGUGAACAAAAAUGAGAUCGCAGAAGUACUAGCAAAACUGAAAAACAGAAAAGCAGCCGGCCCGGAUGGAAUAGCCAACGAAUUAUUGAAGUAUGGAGGUCAAAAAUUAAUAACAGAAAUUACCAAGAUGAUCAACAAAGUAUUAAAAGAACGCAGAAUACCCAAUGAAUGGAGGACAAGUACCCUAAUUAUGCUAUUCAAAAAAGGAGAUAGGCAAAUACCAUCAAAUUACAGGGGAAUCACCUUACUCAGUACAACACUAAAAAUAACAACUCGAAUAAUAUCCAACAAAAUACUAGAACGAACUACAUUCGGGGACGAACAACAAGGAUUUCGAACAGGAAGAUCGUGCAACGACGCCAUAUUCAUCCUUAGACAAAUAAAAGAGAAGGCAAUAGAAUGGAACCGACCAGCAUUUAUUUGUUUUGUGGACCUAAAAAAAGCCUUUGACCGCAUAAAGCUACAUGACAUCACAAUUAUACUACAAAAUCGACAAAUUCCACAAGACAUUACGGAAACAAUAGAAAACAUCUACACCAAGAACCAAGUAAAAAUAAGAGUCAAUAAUGAAACAACUGAGCCAAUAAACAUCGGAACCGGCAUAAGACAAGGAGACUCAUUGAGCCCGUUGUUGUUCAACUUGGUGAUGGAAGAAAUAAUAAAUAAAACCAGGAAGUGUCAAGGAUAUAUAAUGGGAAACAAAAAGUAAAUAUGGUAUGCUAUGCGGAUGACGCUGUACUCAUAACGAACUCUGAAGACAACCUCCAGAAAAUUUUGCACCAGUUCAACAAAGCAGGCAAAUUGUACAACAUGGAAAUAGCGCCUGAAAAAACAAAAUGUAUGGUAUUAUCAGCUACACCAAUCAGAUGCAAACUGGAAGUAGAAGGAAAAAUAAUAGAACAAAUCAGCGAGUUCAAGUACCUGGGAAUCAACAUUUCAAGCCACGCAGGUAUAAGGGAAGAAGUAGCGGAACAAGUUGAGAAGGGAACUAAAAUUGCGGGAUGCCUGAAAAACACCAUAUGGAAUAAUAAACACCUAAGAAAAGAAGCUAAGGUAUCUAUUUAUAAAGCAGUAAUUAGACCCAUUUUAACGUAUUCAGCGGAAACAAGACCGGAAACAACAAUAACUGCCAGACUUCUUACAACAGCAGAAAUGAGAACACUACGGUGUGUGGAAGGCAAAACGAUCAGAGACAGAAUCAAGAAUGAGGACAUCAGAAGAACGUGCAAAAUAGAAAACAUUACUGAAUGGAGCGAAAUGAGAAGGAACGAAUGGAAUGAACACAUAGAAAGAAUGGAAGGAUCGAGAAUAGUUAGGGUUGCUAGAGACAACUCUCCAAGAGGAAGAAGAUCACUCGGUAGACCAAGAAAAAGGUGGAGUGAUCACUUCGGCCAGGCCCACUGAAGAAGAACAGGCAACAGUGCCUAUUUUGGAAGAAUAAGAAGAAGAAGAAGAAGUAUUUACAUCGAAGUAAUAGGAUUCAACAAAUUAUUUUUCUAUACUUCGUAUGACUAUCAGUGUUUGCCAAGAAAAGAGUAUUAAAACUUUUGUAAAAAGACAAAAAUAAAUCAUUUCCAAGUACAUAAA